GCCGUGACGUCCUUGGCGUGGCUGCAGGGGAGGCCGCGGCGGGGAAAAUGGCGGACGGAAAGGCGGGAGAGGAGAAGCCUGAAAAGCCGCAGCGAGCUGGAGCCGCCGGAGUUAAUUCAUGGGAGCCUCUUCUACUGCCACACAAUCUCAGUUCCUGCUGUAUACUCUAACAAACAGUGGAAGAGACUGUUGGGUUCAGUAGGUGACAACUGCAGAGGUAUCUUCUUUAUAACGAUGCUUUUUGAGGUUGCUGCUCCCAUCAAUCUGCUCAGUAAAAAUAGCUCAUCUUGUAAUGGAGGGGAAAAUUCCAGUCGCAGCGCUGAGAAGCGAUCAGCUGAAGAAGAAGCUGCAGACCUCCCUACAAAGCCUACAAAGAUCUCCAAGUUUGGAUUUGCCAUAGGUAGUCAGAUGACAAAGAAAGCCUCAGCCAUAUCCAUCAAACUUGGCUCAAGUAAACCUAAGGAAACCGUUCCAACUCUUGCUCCAAAAACCCUUUCAGUAGCAGCAGCCUUUAAUGAAGAUGAAGAUAGUGAACCAGAGGAAAUGCCUCCAGAAGCAAAGAUGAGGAUGAAGAAUAUUGGAAGGGAUACACCAACAUCAGCAGGACCAAAUUCCUUCAAUAAAGGAAAGCAUGGGUUUUCUGAUAACCAGAAGCUAUGGGAGCGAAAUAUAAAAUCUCAUCUUGGAAAUGUCCAUGACCAAGACAAUUAAAUGAUGUGUUUUGAAAUUGGGGUAUGGGGUGGGUGUAAAGUUAAAAGGAACAGUUUCCUUUUUUAAAGAAUGGUAUAAGACUAUCUUUGGAGCCGCCUUUUUUUUUUCUUUUUCUUUUUUUAAAGAUUGAGUGGUACACUAAUAAAUGAGAAUUUGAAAUUAGAGGUAAUUUAUGUUUUAUAUACAGAUUUCAAGACAUUUGCUAAUUUUGUAGUUUCACGUGAUUAGUUUCCAAAGGUUAUAGAUGAUUAAAAAAAUCAUAAAUGGUACCUUUCUAAGAAUUGCAUAUUUUUUUAGACACAACUACUAGCACAUUAAGAGGGAAGCAAAAAGUUGUCUAUUUAAACUGUAGGCAGUUACUCUCUAACUUAACUCCCUUGUUAACCUAAAGUCUGGCUCCCAGGAACAGCCUUAUAGAGAAGGGAGUAUUGUAUUGGGAGGAAAAUGUUGCUGGACUAUUGACUGAGAAAGUAAAUUAGAUAAAAAUUAAAAUACAGCUUUUUUUUUUCCUAAUGGGCAUUUGUUUUGUUUCGAAUCAUCAUAAACUAGUUAUUGCAUUGCUAUCAGUGGAUACAGAUGCUUAGCUCUUUAAAAAGAACAUUUUAAAAUUUUAUGUAAACUGUUGAGUAUUUAAAAUAGCCCACUUCACUUUAAAGGGUCUUGUCUACCUUUGAUAGUCUUCAAAGAACAACCAUUUGCUACCAAAGUAAAUCAGUAUUUUGAAUGUGCUUCUCUUGGUUUUUGUUAUUAGCUAGUUCCUGUAAGUAUUUCCACCAGAUCUUCAGGCAAAUCAUAAGGAAGCUGUUUCUUUUAAAAUAACAAACCACCACCAAAAAUUUAAAUGUACAUAAUAGUUAAAUAUUUGGCUGUUCUUAUUUUUUAAAGGAUAUAAACACCAAAAAAAAAAGGCAACAUUGUAUGAAGAUGGAAAAUAAGAAAGAUGCACUUUCUGUAACUUUAUCAAAGCAUUUAUGUUACUAACUUGUGAAAUCCAAUUUGAUUUGAACUUAUUACAGGAAUUCUUAUUUAGCACAAUAAUAUUGUUUCUUUUAACUGUAUACAUAUUAACCAGUGGCCUCUUUAAAAGCACAUUUUAGAUACUGAAAAUAAAAAGAAAGAAAAUGCAUCUUUAAACAUAUUUUAUGGAAUCUUUGACCACAUAUACUUUGUUAAUCUUUGUGUUGUAGGAUUGUGUUUAUUUUGUAUUUUUGUAUUGUAUAUGAAUUCUUUUUUUAAUGUGACAGUUGAACACAUCUUUAAAAGCAUAGUCACACAUAAAAGAAACAUACAGUAUAAUGAUUUCCUUGAAAACUCUUACAAUGUUAGAUUUGGAGGCAGCUUCAUACUGUUUAAUUGGUGAUAACUACUCUCUGAGCUCUUUUAAUAGGUAAUAACUCCAGAGAAGCAGCCUGUAUAUAUUCCUAAUACUUUGUUCACUUGCAUAUGAGUUUAGAGUAAGCCCCAAGUAAAACAAUGGAAAUGUAUAUAGAACGAUUAGUUCUUACUUACAUGGUUUAAUUAUAUCAAGAUACAUGAAUUUAACUUGCUUUAACGUAGGCAAACUUCCCAUUUUUGUUCAUUUUAAUGUUUAUGUUGAAAUAACAUCCCAAAACGACUGAGAUGAAUGUCUUUACUAAAAUACCAAUAAAUUUGUCCAACUCUA